AGAGUUUACGUUGGAAAUAUUCCGCGAAACAGAAUUAAUCGAUGCCUUUUAUUCUCUACACUUUCUCGAGACCAGAAAAGAAAGCAACUACCACCAGAACAGCGACGUGCCUUUCUACCGUCUCGCCGCGCUCCACUCGAGCGCCAAGACCCAUUUUUCUUCUUCGACACGUGAAACUUUCGCCGGAGGCUGCGAUGUGGACGAGGUCAUUGGUCCAAGCCGCCGCCUCAUCGUCCUCCUCCUCCACCGCCGCCGCCGCCGCCUCGCCGAUGUCUUCUUCAUCGUCGAUCCUAAUGAAUCAUCCCCUCGCUUCCGCUCUCGUCGCGUUCGCGAUCUCUCAGUUCACUAAGCUCUUCUUCUCCUGGUAUAAAGAAAGACGACUGGAUCUCAAGCAACUUGUUGCAUCAGGGGGAAUGCCAUCAUCUCACUCCGCAACUGUCACUGCCCUAGCUGUGGCCACUGGAUUUCAAGAUGGCCUGGGAGGAUCACUGUUCGCAAUUGCGCUAAUCAUAGCAUGCAUCGUGAUGUAUGAUGCAACUGGCGUAAGAUUGCAUGCUGGUCGUCAAGCAGAGGUUUUAAAUCAAAUCGUGUACGGACUUCCUGCUGAACAUCCUCUGGCUGAGAGCAGGCCAUUACACGAACUCUUAGGCCAUACUCCUCCUCAGGUUAUUGCUGGUGGAUUGCUUGGGAUUGCCACAGCGGCUGUUGGUCAUUUGAUCAUAGUAACUUGUAUCUGAAAUUGAAAUAGAAGUAGAAUCGCAGGAGUUCAUUCUCGUUUGUGGUUAUCCUGUAAAGCCCAUUGAUUGGUACAGACUCAGUGACAGAGACUUGCAGAUAGGUGAUAAUGAACAUAUUUUUUUCCU